UCUGCAGGGAAAGUAACAUUUCACUUUUCCUAAAACUAAUCGCAACGAUGGGAGAAAUAAGACUGCCCAGAAAUGCGUUUCUAUGGUGUUUGUCCGCCAUCUACAUGUUUGCAUUCACUUCUCUUUACAUGCAGAUUCCAGGUCUGUACGGUAAUGAGGGUAUUUUACCAGCCCGCUGGAUGUUACGCCUCUCCGGUAAAAGUGUUUGGGAGCAGUUGCGGGACUCGCCCACAUUGCUCUGGUUGGGUCCGCGGCUGGGUCUGGACACACAGCACGGAAUGGAGCUUCUCAGCCUGGCCGGAGCGAUUCUUAGCCUAGCUGCUACCGCUGUAGAACCGCUGAGAGACUGUAGGGUCUACUUUAUACUGUGGAUAAUGUAUCUUUCACUGUACCAGGUGGGCCAAGUCUUCCUCUAUUUUCAGUGGGAUAAUCUCUUGUUGGAAGUUGGUUUCUUGGCGAUUCUCAUUGCCCCUCUGAAGAUGCCCUGGGGUCGCUCCAGUCGUCUCCAUGACAACGUGACGUUCUGGUCGGCCCGGUGGCUGCUCUUCAGACUCAUGUUCGCCUCUGGGGUCGUCAAACUCACCAGCCGCUGCCCCACCUGGUGGGGGCUCACAGCGUUGACGUAUCACUAUGAGACUCAGUGUAUUCCCACUCCGUUGGCCUGGUUUGCCCACCAGUUGCCUGUGUGGUUUCAGAAGCUUUCUGUGGUUGGGACGUUUGUGAUUGAAAUCGCCGCCCCUUUCCUCUUCUUCAGCCCCAUUCGCCGCCACAGGCUCACGGCCUUCUACAUGCAGGUUCUGCUGCAGGUGCUGAUUAUCUUUUCUGGGAAUUAUAAUUUCUUUAACCUGCUGACGAUCACUCUGUGCCUGUCUCUACUGGACGACCAGCACCUCAACUUCUGGACCCGCUCACACACACCUGAGAAACAGAGCAGGCAAACGGCACUGGGGCAUGUGUGUGUGCUGGUGGAGCUAUGUGUAUAUGGACUCAUGAUCUAUUGGACAGUUAUUUACUUUGACCUGCAGGUGGACUGGGACAAGAAGAGCAUCUCCUCUAAGACAGCAUUCACGUAUCAUGAGUUUAAUGGUUUUCUGAAGAUGGUGACUGGUCCCAGUAUUUGGAUUGGAGUUCUGUCCCUCACCUGGGAGAUAAUCACAGCUAUGUUCAGGUGUGCGUGUGUGAGCGGUGUGUUUUGGCGUCUGUGGAACACACUGCAGUGGGGAGUGUUUUCGGCUGCUGCUGUUUGCAUGUUCACACUCAGUCUGGUCCCCUACACAUUCAUAGAAUAUGAGGCCCACAGUAACCUUUGGCCUGGUGUUCGGCGAGCGUUUGAGCAGACUGACCGUUAUCAGCUGGUCAACUCGUACGGUCUGUUUCGGAGGAUGACUGGAGUGGGCGGCAGGCCAGAGGUUGUCAUAGAGGGCAGCAUGGACCGACACACCUGGACGGAGAUAGAGUUUAUGUAUAAACCAGGUAACACGAGCAGAGCGCCCCCUGUGGUCACUCCUCAUCAGCCCAGACUGGACUGGCAGAUGUGGUUUGCAGCUCUUGGUCCUCACACACACAGUCCCUGGUUCAACAGCCUCUUACACAGACUACUACAGGGCAAGACAGACGUGAUCAGGUUGAUCCAGUCUGACGUGUCCCAGUACCCGUUUCAUGAUAGGCCUCCGCUCUUCCUGCGUGCCCACCGCUAUAAAUACUGGUUUACUGAACCCAGGGAUGAUGGGACCCUGCCUGAGCGGUGGUGGAGGAGGGUAUACAUGGAGGAGUUCUAUCCCAUAGUGCACUUGGGUGACCCUUAUCUGGAACAGAUGCUCAGUCAGCACGGACUCAAGGACAAGCCGUUGCCUCGGCGGAGCUCGGAGGCCUGGUUGCCGUGGUUACUGAGAGGCGUUAGGGAGCACGUGCGUGACUUUCCCGCCCCCCUCCUGCUCUGGACCCUCCUCAGCGCCGCUGUGACUGUCUGUGUGAUGAACACACUGCUCUCUCACCGACACACACACACGGCCAAGAGCACACACACCCCUCUGACUGAGGAGGAGAAAGAGGAGGAGGAGGGAGAGGAGGAGGGAGAGGGGGAGAUUGCGGUGGAGCGAGAGGAGGAAGAGGAAGACGACAGUGGGAAAGGCAACAUUGAGGAAGAUGAGGAGGAAGAUGAAAUGUCCAGCUCUGAUAAUCUCAGGAAAAGAAAGUGAUGGCAGAGCUUCUAACUUCCUGCCCCACCCACCAACUACUGCUUUCAGUCUGAUGUCACUUCCUGUUAGUUACAUUGAGCACUUAUUUAUACAGCUCCAUCAUCUGUAAUACACACACACACACACACAC